UUGGUGUGAAGCACUUGAACGGUGAAAUAGUGCCGCAGAGAUUCACUGGGUUCUCUCUCUCUUCGGAACUUCUUUCACAUUUCCCACUGUUUCUCUCCUAUUCAAUAUACGUUUUUUUUCCUCUGCGCCUCUUCAACCCAAACCAAAGACUUGAGACGGGGCGGAGGAGCGAAAGCCAGCGGAGAUUUAUCGAGUCUAGUGGCUUGAGAGGGAAAGAAUAGAAUAGUAUAGAGGCGAAGUGAGUGAUGAUUGAACAGGAAAGGCAGCUAAAUGGUGGUUAUUUGGACAAGUGACAACAUUUGGAUUAUUUACUGAAGAAAUUUGCAAUUUCAACAGCGGCCGCCUUGUCGCAAGCAAGACAGACAGCUGAUAAGAGCCCCUCAAGAUGCUGCUCCAGGCAGGACUGUUCCUGCUCCUCCUCGCCACAUCAUCUGCGACUCCCUCGUGUCCCGCCGACUGCAUUUGCACCCCAGCCAGCGAUUCGGGCGACAGAUUCAGCCACGUGAGAUGCCACAGUGCCGAUGGCAUCGCCGAAGUGGGACCCAUUGCCGUGGGCAGCCUGGAUCUGUCCAAUGCGGGCAUCGUGAGACUCACGAAUCAGCUGGAGAAUCUGCAAAAUCUGACGCACUUGGACUUGUCCAAUAACAGACUGUCCGAGGCGAAUCGACUCACGAAGCGCAUUCUUGUGCUCAAUCUCAGCUUCAAUCGCAUCACAUCCGGGAAACUGGGGAAGCUCCCGGUGCGCGUGCAAGUGCUCAAUCUGACACACAACGAGAUCACUCACUUGCCAAUGUCGCUGAUGCGUCUGAAGGAUCUGAAGCAGUUGGAAUUGGCGGGAAAUCGCAUCAACUGCACGUGUGAGACGCUGCAGGUGCGGAAUUGGCUCCAGGCGCGUCACGUGUGGACGGAUCAGCUGGUGAAGUGCCACUCUCCGCUGCGCUUCAAGGGGAAGUCGUGGCUGCAAGUGAGACAGGCGGAUAUCUGCGAGGAUGACAGGGAGAGGAAUAUCUGGGGAGACGCCAUGGAUGGCGACAAUGAGCUGAUGAUGGGAGACGCUCCUGUGUCGAGUGGAGAUGAUGGAGAUGAGCAGGACAAUAUUGAGCAAGAUUAUCUUCCCUAUGAUCACGCGAAGCCGUCAGAAGACGAAGACGAUGCAGGAUCCGGAGAUGAUGUGCAUGUGGAGAUGUCUGUUGAAGGAUCUGGCGUCGGUGGUCGAUUGCUGGGUGUGGAUGAGGCGUCGGAGUCUCCUGAGGAUGAGGACGAUGAGAAUUACGAUGACGGAUCUGGCAGUGGAGCAAUCGCUCUGCCGCCGAUAAUUUCUGCUCAUGAUGGAAUUAUUGAUGAUAUCUUUGACUCGGCAGAAGAUGAUGAUCACGCGCCACCAAUUCAGGAACCCGAUGAAGAAGUGACUAGACCUACAAUCCCUGAUCUGGGGAUCUUCGCGGGCAGCAAUGUGCCCAAGCCGGAUGAAGUGACGCCGGCCAAUGAUGUUGUGCCUCCGCCAGACAAGGCGUCAGAUGUUGAAGCUCUGCCACCGAGUGACGUGAAGCCGAGUGUGGCGUCAGACAGUGAGGAUUUGAUUGCGCCUUCGAAGGCUGCGGGUCCAACGGGUCCAGAUGUGAGGAUCUCGGAGCAAACGCCUGAACAGGCGGAAGAGAACAGAGCGACGUUCAUUCUCUUGGUGGUUGUGGGAGUGGCUCUGGUCGGACUUGUGGCCUUUAUCAUUGUCCAGAGGAAGAAGAAGCGCAGCCGACGCAACCGAGCCGAUGCCGAGAAUCCUCGUGGUGAGGAAUUGCUGGAGAUGGAUAAGAAACUCUUGGGGAAACCCGUGCAGAAGAAUGGCAAUCCCGAGAGUGCUCCGCUGAUGCCCAACAGAGACAAAUCUGACUACGCUCGGCCGAUCAAUGGGGACAAGGUGGACACUGCAGCGCCUCUUGACACCUACCAGAGGCCACCGUCGCCGAAGAAGGUGGAGGAACCCGUGCAGAAGAGGGAAAAUGUGCCCAACGCUCAAACUCCUUCGGCUCCUCCGACUGAGGAGGAGGAGAAGAAUCCCAGGAGGAGUCUCUACGAUAACGACGGUUCUCCCGGACUGAAUAAUAACGACACCGCUGCCAGAGAUCACAACGAACAGCCACUGACCAACGGCUUGGAUCACGCGGCGCCGCAUCUGCACAACGGAGAGCCGGCUGAGGUGCACGACAGCCCAGAGCCAGAUGUCAACAAGUACGUGCCCAAGAGUCCGGCGCUGGCGAGGUACAGUCCAGUGUACUCGCCGGAGACGGGCAGGGUGAAGAUCAAGCUCACGGAGACGCCGAAGCCGAAAACCCCAAUGCUGGUCACACGGAGUCGCUCCAACGCGGGCGACAUCAUCACGACGCCCUACACCAGCCCAAUUCGCGGCCAGCAAUAGUCCGAGCCCAAGGCGCGAGCAUGUUCAAUAGUCAGGGGGCGGCCAGGGUCCGUUCAAAUUGAGCGGCCGCGUCCCAGCGUGUUUCCGUGUUCAAAUGAGGACCUCUUUUGUGAGUGAGCGCGUGCCAAAAUGCCCAAGAAAAAGAUCAAUUCCCGCAUUCAGAGUUACACAACAUAAUAAAAGCUGAUCAAAGAGUGAUAUUUAGGUAAAUUAUGCAUCAUCUUCUACAAACGCAUCAUUUUUCCAAAAGCAGAAACGAUAGGAAGAGAGGAAAAUCGCAGAGGAGAAUUUAGGGAAUUUCCACGGACCACACAAAAAGAGGGGUUUUUACUUUUUUUUAAUGUAAGGAAUUAAAGAAACAUUGUCGGCAUUGAAUUGAGCAAAACUUAUAUACUUAUAGUUUUUAUGUAAAUUUACAAUUUAGGCAUAAAAGAUGAACUUUAAAAAAAAAUGAUCAAGUCAUUUCAUAAAUGUUUAGGAUUGAUAAAGAGAAACGGAAAGGAAAAGAAAGGAAAAGGCACAUAAUUUGUAAAUAAAACUCUUUUCCUCUGUGUGUUUGUAAUAAAAUUUUCACGAUAAAAUGGUUUAGAAAAAAGGCGUAAAUGUAAUUUACAAUUUAAAAUAGAAAAUAUUCUUAGCAGAGAGACAGAGAAACAAUUUUUAAAAAUAUAUAUAAUAUAUCAUUUCAACGCGAUAAAAUGGUCUACAUUUUAUUUCUGUUAAUUUAUUGUGAUUAUUCUUCAAAUUGUAUACAAACUAUUUAAAAAUAAAAUAUCAAUUUAACGUC